GAUCUCCUAGGCCGGGCAUCCUUGCGAGACGGGAUGGGGCGAAUCCUCCCGGGUGGGCAUCGUGGGGUGGGGGUGGGCGUUCUGCGAGGGGCAUCCUCCCGGGCGGACGUUGGGGGAUGCUCGGGGGAGGGAGGGGCGCGGGGGCGGACGUCCCGGGGAGGGAGGGGCGUUGCGCGCGGACGCGGGCGGGGCCUGGGCCGCUCCCGCCCCUCCCCUCCCCCCGCCCCGCCCGCCGCGCUUCCUCUGCUUUCGGUUUAGCUUCCGCCUCCAGCGCGAGCCCCGCCGCCCCGAGCAUGGACGACCCCGACUGCGACUCCACCUGGGAGGAGGACGAGGAGGAUGCGGAGGACGCGGAGGACGAGGACUGCGAGGACGGCGAGGACGGCGAGGCCGCCGGCGCGAGGGACGCGGACGCAGGAGACGAGGACGAGGACGAGGAAUCGGAGGAGCCGCGGGCGGCGCGGCCCAGCUCGCUCCAGUCCAGAAUGACAGGGUCCCGAAACUGGCGAGCCACGAGGGACAUGUGUAGGUACCGGCACAACUACCCGGAUUUGGUGGAACGAGACUGCAAUGGGGACACGCCAAACCUGAGUUUCUACAGAAAUGAGAUCCGCUUCCUGCCCAACGGCUGUUUCAUUGAGGACAUUCUUCAGAACUGGAGGGACAACUAUGACCUCCUUGAGGACAAUCACUCCUACAUCCAGUGGCUGUUUCCUCUGCGAGAACCGGGAGUGAACUGGCAUGCCAAGCCCCUCACGCUCAGGGAGGUGGAGGUGUUUAAAAGCUCCCAGGAGAUCCAGGAGCGGCUUGUCCGGGCCUACGAGCUCAUGCUGGGUUUCUACGGGAUCCGGCUGGAGGACCGAGGCACGGGCACGGUGGGCCGAGCACAGAACUACCAGAAGCGCUUCCAGAACCUGAACUGGCGCAGCCACAACAACCUCCGCAUCACACGCAUCCUCAAGUCGCUGGGUGAGCUGGGCCUCGAGCACUUCCAGGCGCCGCUGGUCCGCUUCUUCCUGGAGGAGACGCUGGUGCGGCGGGAGCUGCCGGGUGUGCGGCAGAGUGCCCUGGACUAUUUCCUGUUCGCUGUGCGCUGCCGACACCAGCGCCGCCAGCUGGUGCACUUUGCCUGGGAGCACUUCCGGCCCCGCUGCAAGUUCGUCUGGGGGCCCCAAGACAAGCUGCGGAGGUUCAAGCCCAGCUCUCUGCCCCGUCCGCUGGAGGGCUCCAGGAAGGUGGAGGAAGGAAGCCCCAGGGACCCCGACCACGAGGCCAGCACCCAGGGUCGGACCUGUGGGCCAGAGCAUAGCAAGGGUGGGGGCAGGGUGGACGAGGGGCCCCAGCCACGGAGUGUGGAGCCCCAGGAUGCGGGACCCCUGGAGAGGAGCCAGGGGGAUGAGGCAGGGGGCCACGGGGAAGAUGGGCCGGAGCCCCUAAGCCCCAAAGAGAGCAAGAAGAGGAAGCUGGAGCUGAGCCGGCGGGAGCAGCCACCCACAGAGCCAGGCCCUCAGAGUGCCUCAGAGGUUGAGAAGAUCGCUCUGAACUUGGAGGGGUGUGCCCUCAGCCAGGGCAGCCUCAGGACAGGGACCCAAGAAGUGGGCGGUCAGGACCCCGGGGAGGCAGUGCAGCCCUGUCGCCAACCCCUGGGAGCCAGGGUGGCCGACAAGGUGAGGAAGCGGAGGAAGGUGGAUGAGGGUGCUGGGGACAGUGCUGUGGUGGCCAGUGGUGGUGCCCAGACCUUGGCCCUUGCCAGGUCCCCUGCCCCAUCGGGGCACCCCAAGGCUGGGCAUAGUGAGAAUGGGGUUGAGGAGGACACAGAAGGUCGAACAGGGCCCAAAGAAGGUACCCCUGGGAGCCCAGUGGAGACCCCAGGCCCCAGCCCAGCAGGAUCUGCAGGGGAUGAGCCGGCCGAGAGCCCAUCAGAGACCCCAGGCCCCAGCCCAGCAGGAUCUGCAGGGGACGAGCCAGCCAAGGCAGGGGAGGCAGCAGAGGUGCAGGACGCAGAGGUGGAGCCUUCUGCCAAAUCUGGGAAGCCUUAAGGAAAGGAGUGCCCAUCAGCAUCUUGGCCCUCCUGGCCCUGCUGCAGGGGCCGGGGCCUCCAGAGCCGCUGCGGGCUCCCCUCAGGCUCUGCUCCGUGACCCGUGACCCACAGUGGUGGCCACUAUAGCAGCCACCAGAAGCUGCGAGGCCCUCAGGGAAGGCCAAGGCCUGCAGAAGCCUCCUGGCCUGGCUGUGUCUUCCCCUCCCAGCUCUCCCCUGCGCCCCUGUCUUUGUAAAUUGACCCUUCUGGUGGGGGCAGUGGGCAGGGCUGCUUUUCUUAGUCUGGUGCCAAGCAAGGCCUUUUCUGAAUAAACUCGUUUGACUUUGA